ACGGGGAGCGCAUUUUUCACCCAGCCGUCGAGCAGCAAACAACAAACAUGCAGCAACCACCAAAAGUUUACGUGAAGUGUUUGUGAUUUUUUGCGUAAGCCAUUUGUGUGUUACCAGAAAAAGGGUUUAAAAGGCGAAUAUCCAUAGACGCGUGCCGCCCGUAUUUUCACAUAUUUUAAAGCAAUAAAGUUCUGUUAAAACAACUGGUGGCGACGAAAGGUGCGAAGUUCAUGUGCGGUUUGGUGCUAAAAGGCAAGGCAACGUGACAACCAUAAUAGCUGUAGAGAAGAAUUUUCACCGAGCAGAAUAAAUUAAGCACACACGCCCUAGUGGCCUGUACACUUUGUCCGCGAUUACACAUACACACAUCGCCUGAAAGUGUGCGUGUCAGCAAAACAAGCCCCUAGCAAACUCGAGUUAAUCGCAAAGAUUCCCCGUCGAUUCCGGAAGCCGCGAUUAACGGCCUCCUUCUGCUCGGAGAAGAGUUAAAGUGCACAAACCACCUGCUGGAAGCCUCGGUAGAAACAUCAAAGUGAACGGUCGUCUGCAAACUUGCCGCAGUAAAGCUGCUAACCUUCAAAACGCAAUAAACGUUCGAACAAGGCCAUCCAUUCUGUGUACGUGAAAACAAACAAGUGUCAGCGCCGUCCGUGUGUCAACGAGCCCUCGUCAUCAGUAGUUUGUGAGUUUGGAAACUCCAAAAGUUGAUCCAUCGCACGACCCACAAAAUCCCCGGUGCAAAAUGAGGAACAACAUUCUGAACAGCAAACACAACAACAACAAUAACGGCAUGGAAUCGUUCUACGAGGACGGAAACGUCCAGUACGUUCCGACCACGGCCGCUAUCGGAACAGCCGGUGGAGGAAAUGGGAAUGGAUUGAAGCGACCAGCGACGCUGGAGCUCAAUCCGGGUGCCGGAAAAGCACGCAAAACUCGCUACAACCAGUCGGUAACCAUACCCUCGGUUCUGCCGUCGCCCGACAUGCAGCUUCUAAAGCUGGUUUCGCCGGAGCUGGAUAAAAUCAUUACCCACAAUGCGGCUCUACCGACUCCGACGCCCUCCACCAUCAUAUUCCCUCCCUCAGCCAGUGCCGAGCAGCAGCAGUUUGCCAAGGGUUUCGAGGAUGCGCUCUUGUCCAUCCACAAAAAGGAUAACAGCAGCAAGCUGAGCGUCACAAGCAGCACCAACAGCAAUAACAACAAUAACAGUAGUGUAAAUAGCAACAGUAAUACCACGCAGCCUACAAUCAUCGUUUCCGAGCACCAGACUCUCAGCGCGCAGCCCCAACCGCAGCUAGCUCCACCAACUACGACAAGCUUGGGUACCACCGUCAUUACCAGCAGUCAUAAUGGUAUGAGCGGCGGAGAGAUGACCUACACCAAUCUCGAUAACUAUCCUGGCGUGGUGAAGGAAGAACCCAUCGCUCCCGCCUCGUCACCACCGGUUAGCCCGAUCGACAUGGAAUCGCAGGAGCGCAUCAAGCUGGAGCGGAAGCGAUUGCGCAAUCGGGUGGCCGCCAGCAAGUGCCGGAGGCGGAAGCUUGAGCGCAUUUCUAAGCUCGAGGACAAGGUGAAGGAAUUGAAGACGCAAAACUCCGAGCUGGGCUCGAUGGUGUGCAAUCUGAAGCAACACAUCUUCCAACUGAAACAGCAAGUUCUCGAACACCACAACUCAGGGUGCACGAUCACGUUGGUUGGCAAGUUUUGAAAGCAAAAGUGUCAACUGUUCCUAGAACUCUACGAUUCCAUUUCUACCUUCGUCCUAAUCUCGCGCGCUCGCUCUCUUGGUGUAGUCGAGGAAGAGCCUGCGACACUCGCAGAACCAAUUUAAGCUUAUAAGGAACGCACGCACGAGCAGCGAUUCUGCACAUUCAAUCCUGGAUUGGACUGGCAGAGAUAAAAACGCUGGUGUCGAUUUGAUAUGCUUCCUUAAAAACCGGAAGAUCCUUAAAACGGAAGAAGCAACACAAAACAGCAACGCAAACAAAGCUUAUUGCCAUUGUGAAACACAGAAAUGCCUUAUCGUAACUUUAUAGCAUCUUAAGAAGCAAAUCGCGAAAACAAAAGAGGGCGGUGUCUGCAAACGGUGGAUAAAAGUAGCUGUUAACCAGUUUAAUUUUUUAAGAAGACGAAUAUUCUUUCUUCGCGCCUCCUGCAUAAGCGUGAGAUUAAUGGCUUAUGCACGGUGCACCAGGGAUCGUGAUUAGCGUAGGGCUUUUACAUGUAGUGUACGUACGGACAGAUUUGAUCGACGUGUUUUGUUUGAUUAGUUGAUUAUUGCAGUUUCGGAGAAUCAAACGUUUCUUUUCGCAAAUAAGUGCUUUCUAGUCGUUGGAUGGUAAUGUAUGUGCUUUUAACAAUCGCGGUACGGUUUACGAAACACCACCGCCAGCAAUUACGGUGUCAUAAUGUAUGCUUGGUUCCCUUUCCCCUUGCACCACUCAUUGGUGUUUGAUGCAGUUCCAAUUAAGCUUUUUAAGCAAUAAGAGUUAUUAUGGUA